AUGAAAGGGAAGCGGCCGAUUUUGCCGGACGUGAAUCCUCAGCAACGCAGAGAGCGCAACAAAGCCCGGGCAACUGAAGUAUCUCAAGAGGCUUCAGAGAUGCUAGGAAGCAAUAAAGCCGUGAGUUUUGACGAGCGGUACGCAAAGACAAUCUUGCCAAUGGACAGUGUCAGUGUAGUAGACUUUAAUGACUAUUUCGAUGACUUGCAGAAAUGGAAGGAGUACCGCAGGGUACUCUACUCAGGGAGAACAACAUGA